AUGCAGAAGACGACCUACUACGACAGCUCCACGCUCUUUGGGGGUUACUCCUACGGGAGUGCCAAUGGGUUUGGUUACGAGGGUCCCCAGCAGCCCUUCCAGACGGCAUCUCAUGUGGAGAACGACUACCAGAGGUCUGCCUGCUCCCUCCAGUCUCUUGGCAACACAACCCCACACGCAAAAAGUAAAGACCUGAACGGGAGCUGCAUGCGUCCAAGCUUGCCCCAGGAGCACCAUCCGCCUCCCCCAGUCUCCCCACCCUCAAACCCUGCCGCCAACAGCGCCAGUAGCAACAGCAAUAACCAGUCGGGAAGCAGUAAAACUGCCCCCAGCAAAGCCAACCUCAGUGCAAACGCCACUCUCACCAAGCAGAUUUUCCCCUGGAUGAAAGAAUCGAGGCAAAACUCCAAACAGAAAACCAGCUCCCCCAGCACAGCAGAAACCUGCAGCGGGGAGAAAAGCCCUCCGGGCUCCUCGGCCUCCAAGAGAGCCCGCACAGCCUACACCAGCGCUCAGCUGGUGGAGCUGGAGAAGGAAUUCCACUUCAACCGCUACCUGUGCAGACCCCGGCGCGUGGAGAUGGCCAACCUGCUGAACCUCAGCGAGAGGCAGAUCAAGAUCUGGUUUCAGAACAGGAGGAUGAAGUAUAAGAAAGAUCAGAAGUCGAAGGGCAUGGGGUCUUCUUCCGGAGGACCUUCCCCCACCGGCAGCCCCCCCCAGCCCAUGCAGUCCUCGGCUGGCUUUAUGAACGCCUUGCACACCAUGAGCAGUAACUAUGACGCCCCCUCGCCGCCUUCCUUCAACAAACCCCACCAAAAUGCCUAUGCCAUGUCAACUAACUACCAAAACCCCAUCAAAGGCUGCCCUUCCCAACAGAAAUACGCCAACACCGCCCCUGAAUACGACCCCCACGUCUUACAAGGGAAUGGGGUGGCCUACGGGACUCCCACUAUGCAGGGCAGCCCCGUCUAUGUUGGAGGCAACUAUGUGGAUUCUAUGCCCACCUCUGGCCCAUCCCUUUAUGGCCUCAAUCAUCUGCCACAUCACCAGGCUGCCAACAUGGACUACAGCGGGCCCCCUCAGAUGCCCCCAAGCCAGCACCACGGACCGUGUGAGACCCACCCCACCUACACGGACCUUUCCACGCACCACGCUUCUUCUCAGGGCAGAAUCCAAGAGGCUCCCAAGUUGACCCACCUGUGAUAGGGAGCAGGGGCAGGCUCAGGUGAAGCUGAUGGGAACCCCCACCAUGGGGCCUGGGAGAGGGGAAAAGGGCAGGAUGGGCUUCAGGAACAUUUGU